AUGAACACCGAGCCUGUUGUCAUCGUCUCUGCUGCACGGACACCUAUUGGGUCCUUGAACGGCGCUCUGUCCACUGUCCCUCUGCCUGACCUGUGCUCAGUGGUGAUCAAGGACGUUCUGAAGCGGGCUGGGGUGAAGCCAGAUGAGGUCUCUGAGGUUAUCAUGGGACACGUCCUAACAGCAGGUCAGGGGCAGAACCCGGCGCGUCAGGCCAGCGUUGGGGCUGGUAUCCCCUACCCCGUCCCGGCCUGGAGCUGCCAGAUGGUGUGUGGCUCUGGGCUGAAGGCUGUGUGUCUGGGAGCUCAGUCCAUCCAGACUGGAGAGUCCGCUGUGGUGGUGGCAGGGGGCAUGGAGAGCAUGAGCCGGGCUCCUCACACACUGCAAAUGAGAGCUGGAGUGAAGAUGGGCGAUGCGUCCCUGCAGGACUCCAUGGUGGCCGACGGCCUGACAGACGCCUUCCACGGCUACCACAUGGGCAUCACAGCUGAGAAUGUGGCGAAGCAGUGGGAAGUCAGUCGAGAGGAGCAGGAUCUGUUCGCCGUCCAGUCCCAGAACAAGACGGAGGCUGCACAGAAAGCAGGACAUUUUGAUCAGGAGAUCGUCCCGGUCAUGGUGCCGUCCAGAAAAGGUCCGGUGGAGGUGAAGACGGAUGAGUAUCCUCGCCACGGCAGCAACAUGGACAGCAUGUCCAAACUGAGACCCUGCUUCAUUAAGAACAGCAGUGGCACCGUCACCGCUGGCAACGCCUCAGGUAUUAAUGAUGGAGCAGCAGCAACUGUCCUAAUGAGCCAAUCAGAGGCUGGGAGGCGUGGCCUAAAACCCAUGGCCAGAAUCGUAGCGUGGGCUCAAGCUGGCCUUGACCCUUCUAUCAUGGGAACUGGACCAAUACCAUCCAUCAGGAAAGCGGUUGAGAAAGCCGGCUGGCAGCUGGAUCAAGUCGACCUAUUUGAGAUCAAUGAAGCUUUUUCUGCCCAGUCUAUUGCUGUGGUCAAAGAGCUUGGCCUGAAUCUAGACAAGGUGAAUGUGAGCGGAGGCGCCAUCUCUCUGGGCCAUCCCAUCGGUAUGUCCGGCUGCAGAGUGCUGGUGACCUUGUUGCACGCGCUCCAGAGGACUGGAGGUCAGAAGGGCGUGGCUUCUCUCUGCAUUGGAGGAGGGAUGGGCAUCGCCAUGUGUGUGGAGACGGUUUGAGUCGAAAACCUAAUGCUGCUUCAUAGAUUGCACUCUGAUCUUUUUAAUGUAUAAGGGAUACUUAAAACUGUAAAGUCGUUUACAUGGCAGGUCAUGACAUAAAACAGUAACGGUUUACCUGGAUUCUUCCAAAUCAC